CACAACCUUAAAAUGCUUGUGAAUAGGAAUUUUAAAAUUUUACACUCAAACUAUCAAAAAAUAAACUCCAAAUGGACCUGUAUAAUAUGUAUAAGAACAAAAAGUUCAGCGAAACCGAACACAAAAACUUACUCCAAUACAAUAUUGUUUCCUAAAACAGAUUUUCCGGCUAGAUCCUCGGUGGAUAAAGAUGAAAUACAAAAGAAAGCUAAGUUUUCACAACUUUACAACUGGCAGAGGGAGCAUCUGAAUGGACCAGAAUUUGUUUUGCAUGAUGGUCCACCAUAUGCUAAUGGUGACUUACACAUGGGCCAUGCUGUUAACAAAAUAAUAAAAGACAUAAACAACAGAAGUCAAAUCCUUCAAGGAAAUAAGGUUCAUUAUAUUCCUGGCUGGGAUUGCCAUGGCCUACCUAUAGAAUUUAAGGCCUUAAAAACGAAAAAGACACAGGAUAACGAACCUUCUGACCCUGUACAUAUAAGACAAAUUGCCAGAACAUUUGCUUUGGGAACUGUUGAACGACAGAAAGCAGCGUUCGAAAGUUGGGGUGUUAUGGCUGAUUGGGAUGAACAAUGCUACUUGACUUUGAAUAAAAAUUAUGUACAAAACCAAUUGAGACAGUUUUACAAUAUGUAUAAGUCUGGUUUGAUUUACCGAGCUCUAAAACCAGUUUAUUGGUCACCUUCCUCCAAAACAGCGUUAGCUGAAGCUGAGUUGGAAUAUGACCCACAAUUCAAAAGUAAAGAGGUCUAUAUUAAGUUUGGAAUGGAUAAACUGCCAGAAGCAGCAAAAACUGUUGUGGGUGGGAAGCCUAUAUCAGCAUUAAUCUGGACAACCACACCUUGGACUCUCGUAGCGAACAAAGCAAUUGCCUAUAAUCCUAACAUGAUGUACUGUGUGGUCACCUUAUCCACAAGAGCUGAACAGUUCCUGGUAGCCAAAGAUCAGAUUGAAGAGUUGAAGAUGGUUCUCAGGAGUGAGAUUGAAGUAUUAGUGGAGUUUGAAGGCAAAUUACUCGGAAACUGUACAUACAGAAGCGGAUUGACUAACGAAAUAUUACCAUUCCUGGAAGCGGGUCACGUUACGAAGGGUAAAGGUACUGGUUUGGUUCACACUGCGCCUGCGCACGGACCUGAUGACUUUCUCGUAGCCUUGAAGAAUAAUAUGACUGUCGAAUGUAACGUUGAUGAGUUGGGCCGUUACACCAACCUUGGACCAGAUUUCGAUGGCCUCCAUGUACUGUCCCAAGGUCAGGACGUGGUUAUAAAGAAACUCCAAGACUCUAUAAUCCACCAAGGCACGUAUAUCCACUCCUAUCCCCUGGAUUGGAGGACAAAGAAACCCGUCAUCAUCAGGGCGAGUCAUCAAUGGUUCAUUGAUACGUCGGUGUUGAAGGAACGCGCUUUGGCAGCCCUGGACAAGGUGGCGAUUCUGCCACCCUCGACUGCGGAGCAGUCCCGACAAGGUUUCAGAGCGCAGUUAGAGAAGCGGCCAUAUUGGUGCAUAUCCAGGCAGAGGGCCUGGGGAGUGCCCAUACCCGUGCUGUACAGGGGCAGCGACGUCAUAGUCGAUGAAACUAUCAUAGAACAGCUAUGUGCACUUAUAAGAAAAAAUGACGCGGACGUUUGGUGGACUUGCGAUGUGAAAGAAUUGCUAACAAACGACGUUGUUAAGAAAUAUAAUUUGGACACUCAUGACGUGGCUAAAGGGAAGGAUAUAAUGGAUAUCUGGCUGGACUCAGGACUCUCAUGGCAGACCCUUGGAAACAGGAAGGCUAAUCUGUAUUCGGAGGGCGUGGAUCAGUUGACGGGCUGGUUCCAAGCUUCACUCCUGACGUCGCUCGCGUUAACGGGAGAUGCGCCUUAUGAGUCGAUCUUCGUACACGGCUUCGUGGUUGAUGAGAAAAAACGCAAAAUGUCAAAAUCGAUUGGUAACGUCAUAGAUCCGAAGUCAAUUAUUCAGGGUGAUAAGAAACAAUCAGCUUACGGUGUUGAUACGUUGAGAUGGUGGGUGGCCAGCCACGCGACCCAACAUUCCCAAAUCGUAAUAAGCAAGAAACUUCUAGAAGAGUGCCAGAACGAAGUCAUCAGAGUUCGUAGCAUAUAUAGGUACCUUUUAGGAGUCACCGGUGACAUGGAAAAAGCAGAUUUCAAUAAUAAACCGAACUUAAACUACUUCGAUCAAUACAUGAUCAAAGAAUGCAACGAUUUUUUAAACCAAAUAAAUAAUCAUUAUAAUAAUUUUAGGUACAAUCAUGUAGCGCAAACUAUAUUGAAUUUUAUAAGCAAUAAAGUAUCAGGAUUGUACUGUCACUGUAUAAAAGACAGACUGUAUUGCUCUCCAAAGGGUUCUAACGAGCGACUAUCAGCUCAAUACGUAAUUCAUACGAUAUUGGUCUCUCUGUCGAAGGCUUUAGCACCCAUUUUACCUCAUUUAGUCGAGGAGGCAUGGCAGUACCAUCCCUUGUAUGAUGAACCGUUUUAUUUCACCAAAGAAUUCUCAGUUUCAACGUCAACUGACAUUGAUAGUUCAUUAAUGGACGCCAUUUUGGAUAUUAAAAAGGACGUAAAUGGCAUGUUGAAAAAUGAAAAUUUAAAGAAAUACGAACUGCAUUUAAACGUCAAUUCGGAAUUGUAUGAGAAAUUGAAUGAAUUGAACGUGACCGAUGGUGUAAAUGAUAGUGUGCUCUGUGAAAUUUUGGAACUGUCAGCUGUCAAUUUGUUUAGAAAUGGCGGGAAAAAAUGGCAGAUCGAAUUGGUACAGAGUAAAAAGCAACAGUGCUUGCGAUGCAGAAAGUAUAAUGCCAUGGACGAUAGCGAUAAGUGUUUGAGGUGUGAAAAGGCAGUGGCCUUGUUAUAAAAUGUUUUUAUUUGUAUGUUAGCUUUAGAUGUAUAUGUGUAUAAAGUUAGGACUAUUCAAAUAUAAAUGCGAAAGUUUAUCUGUCUGUUACGCUUUCACGUAUAAACCACUUUGACCGACUUUGAAGAAAUUGCACCCUUUUUUAACGCGUUUCCCCCACGGGAACAGUGUGCGAGUGCGCCUCGAACAUCAGAGUACCUACUAAAAAAUCAGCACACUUUCCGUCUUAACGAGGAGCGCCAUGGGUUCGCUUGCGCAUGCUACCGUGACGCUCUGACGUAGAAAUUGCACCCUCCCCCAACACGCAAAAAUGAAGAAAUUGAUGCCAAUAUGUCUGCUCAAGAAAUGAUGUUAAAAAAAUGUUCUU